GCAUUAGUUGCUGUACAAUAUGGGGAUAAGAAGCAAAUUGGGUGUAAUCGCGUUUUGUCUGACGUGUUUAUUGUUACACGUUCGUAGGGCAAAUUCCUCAGCUGAAGUGGUGAAGAAACUCAGCGUCACCUUUGCCAAAGCAAUGGAUGCAUGUAAAAAGGAGUUAAACGUGGGAGACCACAUACUGCAAGAGAUGCAGAACUUCUGGCGCGAAGAGUACGACCUGGUGCACCGCGACACCGGCUGUAUGCUGACCUGCAUGGCGGCUAAACACGACCUGAUCGUUAUUACAGAAGAUCGGAUGCACCACGAGAACGCCCAUGCGUUCGCGAAAGCUCACGGCGCUGAUGACGACUUGGCCAAGCAAAUAGUAACCAUGUUACACGAUUGUGAAUCCGAUAAUCCUCAGCAGGAAGACUUCUGUCUCCGGGCGUUGGCGGUCGCUAAAUGUUUCAAAACUAAGAUACACGCCCUCAAAUGGGCACCGUCGAUGGAGGAACUUCUAUCCGAGGUCAUGAGUGACAUGUAACUGUUCUGAUGAGUAGAUACUGUGGUAUGACCUUUGUAAGGAGAAGUAUAGACUAAAAAUAUAUUUUGACAAAGCUAACGCAUUUUGUAAUAUUUUAUUGUUAAUUCUAAUAUUUUUAUAGUUGAAAGGGUAAACGAGUUGACGGUCCACCUGAAGGAAAGUGGCCAAUGUUGUUGGUCCUCCAAAAAUUUCAUGUCAUAAUGUAAAGCGACAGUGCUACGAUUUCAAUAAAUAAGAACAUGCGUUGUAACAGGCUGCGCUUAAUUAUAGCAAAUAAUAUUUGUGAUAUUUAUUAGAUAGUAUUUAAUAUACAAAUAAUAUAUAAAUAAAUAAAUAUAUAAACACCUUGACAAGUAUGGUAAAUAUUAGAAAAUUACUAUUGUUUAUAUAAAGCUUAAUAGUUCAGAUAACGAUGUCUGAAUAGAACGUAGUACAUUUUGGGAGCAAUGCCUCAUCCACAAAGGAAAUAUCAAUGUCCCUUCUAACUCAAUAUACUUUGUCAGUAGCUACGAAUCUUUGAAAUUUUUCUACGGAUUUGCUCUACCUAAAGAUGUACUACAGAUGUUUGUAAAAGGAAUUGUUACUAUGACGUGUAACUUGACGAUUUCUGCGCGUUCCAAGGUUCAAUGAUGGAUUACCAAAGGUUUAAUUUACGGGUGAUGGUAUAGUUUUAAUAGUUAACGCAACGUUACACAAUUAUAUAGUAAAUAAUACAUCUCUCUCUAAAUAUAUGUCAAAGUGCCUGCAAUAAUGUAUUUAAUAGUAAAAUAAGGAAUAGGACAAAGGUUAUUAGGGUAUUCGGUGAUGGUAUAUAAAUUAUAUUGUCAAAUUAAA